GGCUCUGUGUACUGCACAUGUAAUGGGGCUGCGGGCUGCUCUCUCAUUGGAUGACACCGUGACGUCAAGAUUGUGAACUUCGUCAGAUACCCGUAUGUACUCGCAGCAUUCGGUCCGGUAACACAGUGGAAACAUGUCGGGGAGGAGAGAGCCCAGCGGAGGAACUGCGUCCAUGAAAUGCACGCCUGAGACAUAAACUGGACGACAAUCGGUCUCGACGGACGGUGGCGUAUUUAUGCGAGUUAGCAACCGCUGCCACGUUACUCUCACGAAGCAGGCCGUUCGGGACCGAAUGGACGGAUAAAGACAGACAGCCGGAGCUUGUUCCGAGGAAGUAGCCUGACAGACAGGCGGCCGGGACGGGUAGAGAGACAGAGGGAGGAGGGGGGGACAUCCAGCGUGUGUGUGUGCUCCUAAACAAGACGGAGUUGUUCCUUGCUGGGGGAUGUUAUCCGUACUGUCUUAUGGCAGACUGGUAGCCAGGGCUGUCCUGGGCGGACUCUCUCAGACUGACGGUCGGGACUACAGCCUGAUAAGCGCAAGCUAUGGCUUCGGUAAAGACUUUCGUAAGGGGAUCCUUAAGAAAGGGAUGUGCUACGGAGAUGACGCCUGCUUCAUCGCGCGGCACAGGACUGCCGACGUUUUAGGUGUUGCAGAUGGUGUAGGUGGUUGGCGUGACUAUGGCGUCGACCCAUCCCAGUUCUCUGCCACCUUAAUGAGAACCUGUGAGCGACUGGUGAAGGAGGGGCGCUUCACUCCCAGUAAUCCAGUGGGGAUCCUGACCACUGGCUAUUAUGAGCUUCUACAGAACAAAGUUCCCUUGCUGGGGAGCAGCACAGCCUGUAUCGUGGUUCUGGAUCGACGGAGUCACCAGCUACACACAUGUAACCUUGGUGACUCGGGCUUCCUGGUGGUUCGGGGAGGAGAGGUGGUUCAUCGCUCAGACGAACAACAGCACUAUUUUAACACGCCCUUCCAGCUGUCCAUCGCUCCGCCGGGAGCUGAAGGGGUGGUGCUCAGUGACAGUCCUGAAGCAGCUGACAGCUCCUCCUUUGACGUGCAGCUCGGUGACAUCAUCCUGACUGCAAGUGACGGCCUCUUUGACAACAUGCCGGACUACAUGAUUCUUCAGGAGCUUAAAAAACUCAAGACUACCAACUAUGAUAGCAUUCUCCAGACUGCACAGAGUAUUGCAAAGCAAGCUCACGACCUUGCCUACGACCCGAACUAUAUGUCUCCUUUUGCACAGUUCGCUUGUGACAAUGGCCUGAAUGUAAGAGGAGGGAAGCCAGAUGAUAUCACGGUGCUGCUGUCUAUUGUGGCUGAAUAUACAGACUAAAAGUGUGCGCGACAGUGUGUGUGUGUGCUUCUCUGGGGCUGGUCCUUCCUUCCCGUCUGCCUGAGUCUUCCACCUGCAGCCCUCCCAAAAAAUGCACUGCAUCCCGUGGGCUGACAGGGGAGGCCCACCAACACGACGCACACUCCUCCCUGCGGGGCUGACGUCCACCCGUGUACAUGUUUUUGUUUUUCUUCCUCUUGUUUUGUUUUGGUGCUUGAACGGUCGAGUGGUAAGCAGGCAGCUAGGACAUUUUCAUGUUGAUCAUGAUGCAGGAGGAGAUGAGUACGACGGGCUGAGGGGGGGAUGCAUUUCAGUCUCUAAUGUGUCAUUGCGUGGCAUCAACACUUCCGAGUGGAAGUGUCAAAGAGGCGGUGCAGGACAGUUUGCGUUGGCUGAGGGCCUUGACACCUGGUAGUCCUCAUACAUAUAUAAAAAGUAAUAUUAGCAGAGGAGUAAGCCAUGGUUUUGGAUUCAUUAGAGCGUAGUUCUGGAGUUGACUAUUGAAUCCGGCUGUCUGUUGUCCCAGUUAUUAAUCUGUUCCAUGUUGUAAAUGUGUUUGAAGCAUAUAGACGGACUGAUGAAGCUGAUGGUGGGAUAGGAUGGGCGUUGUUAGAAAGUGAGAUUGAAGGGUUUUAGUGUCUUGGGUUUGGGAAUGUGAACAAUGGAGGAGCUUACUAGUAAAUGCUCAGAUCAAAAAAACCUCUAAAGGGAAACCGUAACAACGCUUAGGGUUAGAGCUUACAUGUGAAGGUUGAUCAGUGGGGGGCGCACAUCCUGAUAAGUUGUAAAUAUUUUUGUGUUUUCGGGGCUACGUUAUGGCCUUUCAAUUGUCUCUGCUUUGGUUGUUAAAGCAAAUUCCGUUACUAGAUGUACACAUGCAUUCAUCAAUAUAUUUUCCUGUGUUGAUGUUGGGCUGCAUUCAGAUGUAUUCAGGCAGACAGUAGACGGCAAACCGGAUAUCGUUUUAGUGGAUGAGUGCUGGAUGGUAAAAUACGGUGAGGCUGACCCUAACCGUGAGAAUUAUUUUAACUUUGUGUCCUCACACAAGGAGAACGCAUUAGUGAUCUAGAUGAGGAGAAACUAUUACUAGAGUAAUCACAUAAAAUAAGAUACAUUUUUAUUUUUCUUACACUUUACAUGUUCUUACAAUACAUUUUAUUCUGUUCUCUCUAAACAAUACAACACAAUUAGUCUUGAUAUCAAAUAUUUAAAAUUUGAUAUUAUGGUAUUCAAGCCCAAAUAUUGCAUAGACAAUAUUAUCAUCAGUCAGACUGCGAUGGCCGAUGGACUCUGAGGUGAGACCGCAAAUAUGUGGUGUUUCACUGCUAGUUGACACCUUCUUACGGCAAAGGUAACUUGUAGCUUCAUUCAAAUCUCUUGGCUCAGAAACCAAGUCCUCCAUGCCUGUAUGUUAAAGUGCUGCGUACAUGGCACUACAUCAGGCCAAUUGAGCUUUAUUGACUUCCUAAAUGUAUAGUAUGUGCAACCUCCACUGCCAUGACAGUUGUAAAUGCAUUUUCUUCUCAAAAUAUAAGCACGGAGAUGACGUAACAGCUGUUCGCGUUGUGAAAACUAUGGAAAUAGUGGCAAAUAUGGCGAUGUUAAAUUCACUAUUGGCCCGGGUACAUUUAUUUCACAUACCGUCCACAAGGUGUUGUCCGUUUGCCAUUUACUGCCCACCUAAAUGCAUGUGAAUGCAGCAUUAAUCUUGAAGUGAGCUUUAUCAAUCCCACACUUCCACAUUUGCUGAAAUGAACAAGAAGACGUGCUAAGGUUGAUCAGUAUGGCUGUUGUGUGGUAGGAAUGGAUGUUAAAAAUGUGUGUGUGUGUGCGUGUGUAUGUUUGUGCGUGUGGGUACUUAUUGUGAGAAGAGUGUGUGGUAUAUUUUAAUGUUUAUAUUUGUUAUCUCACAAAGCUAAAGCUAGCAUCUGGGAAUGCUUACAGUUGCAAUGAUAGGUCAGGCAUGAAUUCAAAAGGAAAAGAUGUAUUUUUUUAAUGUUAUUUAGUUUUCAAAGAAAGAGUUUGAAGUGUCUGCCGAAAUGAAAUAUGUGUGAUGGAUGACAAGAGAUCCAACUAUCUUAACAAGAAUCAGGUGUGUGCGGGGGUGUGUGUGAGAAUUUUUUUUUUUGUACUAUUCAGUUCCUUCUCUCCCUUUUACUUUUGUUUGCUGCUUCUUGUUUUUAAUUAAGAUGUCUGUGUAUAUGACUUCAUUUAUAUGAACAUGGUCACCAUGAUUGUAAUGAGUGUGUGUGUGUGUGCGCGCGCUGCAACAAACAACAUUAAUCAGAGACAUUGCCAAUACUGUUCUGCUCAUGAUAGUCUGUCCCUUUUUUUAAUCAGUUCACUCAAGUGGUUUGGACAAUGUCUUUACAGUUCGAGAGCAGGUGCACCAAAGACACAUUUUCUUUGUGUAUGUAGUUAAGCUUUUGUUGUUACAAACAUCAGACAGCAAUACUGUAAAUUCCUUGUGCUCUGAAUCUUGUGUGAUGGCCGUGACGGAUGGGUAGAAACGUUCAGAGGGACGGUGAAAUGUCUUUUCUAUGCCUACAGCUGUUUUUCUCAGAACAAAGUCUUGGUUUAAGUUGUGUGCGACUGGUUGUAAGUAUAAGACAGGUUUACGAAACCAAAGAAGGGAAGCCAUAUAUAAACACAUGAUCGGGGCACUGCUCUGUGCGUCCUGCUGUAAAGAUUUAAUGGUGUGUCAUCAUACACGUAAUGGAGACAAUUAUUUGAAUACUAUCUGUCUUACUGUUCGCACCAUUCUACUUUGCAUGGUUUCUGUCUCAGCCACUUUACAAAGUUAUUUUCGCACAGUUGUUAGAAAUGGUUUAAAUAUGUUGUGUAAAGGUUCUGAACUUGUAUUUACUUCAAAGAUUUAUUUCACAAAAAGAUGCAGAGGGAUGGGGGUGGUAAGAUAGGUAAUGGUGCUGUGAACUUCAAGUAUGAGGGUGAGCACAGUUUCAGCCUUAACAAAUAGUUAGACCUGUGAUCAAGAGGCCUUUCCUGUCAUUGCAAGCUUGUCUCGUCUUGGUCAUGUCGCCGGUGUUUGACGUAAAUGAUGUGUGCCCGUCUGUCUCUCCUGUAAAGCCGUUCUCAAAGGUGCUUCUGCAGUCUGUAUGGUACGAUUGUCCUCUUUUCAGCAAGCGGUGUUUGUGCGUACGAAAGGUGCAUCAAUGUCUACAGUGUAACAAUGCAGGUCUAAUUUAUGUAAAUAUGUUUUAAAAUAUGUACAAUAUUUAAAUAAAGAAUCUAGUAUUUAUACUAAAUUUGCCUCAA